CCUGCACAUCAAGUGAUGCUCCAGUAUAAAACAGCCCUCUGUAUUUUGGCACAGAGUGGAGGAUGCAUCAGUUUAACCCUCCGGACUCGCCCAUCACACUGCUCAGCUCAGCCUCUAGAUAAGUUGUGUGUGUGAUCCCAUUGUGAGAGGAAAAUCCUGCCGCACGAUAUUUCCUGAGGAUCUCUCUCUGUGUUUUUUUUUUUUUUUUUUCCUCUCUUCCUCCUCUUCUAUCUAACUUCGAUGGCCCAUUUGCACUCAUGCUCGCAGCCGAGGAGGGAUGUAAAGGCACGGGCCAUCCACCGCCCUCACAUUGCACAUCGGAGUAUAGCGGCGUGAUUCAGGUCGCUAUAUCUGAGUGCCAAUAAGAAAAAGAAACUACUUUUCGAGAUGUGAAUUAUCGAGAUUUUUGCUACUCAUUCCUGCCGGCUCUGCCUGUCCUAUGCUACCGACAACGGGAUUUCAAGAGGAAAAUGAUUGUGGCAUAAACUAUUUGUGGAGACGCUUGUUGUCACAGAUCUCGCCGCUGAACUGGACAGGGUGGAUGGUUAUUUCCCAAACACUUCAAGCCUAUGUAUACUGCAUUCAUUUGUUGGAAUCGCUGCCUAGUAUCUUCGAGAACAGCGCAAGAGGAAUGCUGGUCCAAGAUCUAAUGCCAUUUACUUUAAGUUUCUGGCCUUUUUUCUUCGGUCAUUGUCUUCUCUCACUGUUUUUACUCUCAUGCCAGGGAGAACUCCAGAGGUCAUGCUCACGGACUGUGGCGGAGAAAGUUAGUGAACAGUGCCAGCUGGCAUGCGGGUGUAGAAGAUACCCUCCUCUUCCUCCUCCACCGCCUCCACCGCCUCCCCCGCGGCUACUGGGCACCACAGUGGCAGAGCCCAUGGUGCCCUUGUUGAGGCCCUGGUGGAUGGAGAUGGACAUUGUAGUGCUCGGAACGGUGGGCUGUGCCUCAGUCGUCUUCCUCCUCUCAGCCAUCAUCAUCUGCUACAAGGCCAUCAAGAGGAAACCACUACGAAAAGAAGAGAACGGGACGAGUCGCGGGGAAUAUGCCAUGAGCAUCCGUAACAAGAAGGCCAUGGGUACGAACAACACUGUGGUAUAGACUGUCUCCUGGUGGACGCAGGAAGUGACAUCACCAUUGCCGUCUCUCACCUUACCCCCCCCCCACCCGAAUACAGCGAUCCCUUCUCACCCAGAAUGCAACAAGGUUUUACCCGAGGUUUUCGAAUAGGUAAACCUUCCCUCUUUGCUUGGCAUGUUGCCCGGACUGAAGACACCAUUCAGCUCGAGAGGAGCUGCGAAAAGAUGGAAGGAAAAAAAAAUGACGCCAGAAAGGACGGAGAGAGAAAUCCACAAACCCCCAUGGUGUCGAAAGUGGCACAGCAGGCUGAACAUUAUGCUCUUAGUAACAGCAAGUGUUGCUGACAGGCUGGUUGGCUGCUGGCUGGAGAGGGACUGUCUGCCAGUCUGCCGCAGAUCCAGACCUCACACAUUGUUGACAUCUGCAACGGAACAAUACAGCAUCCCUGCAGUCCACACGGGACGAGCCCAUCACACACAAUAAAUAAACGUGCAUGCAGUUUUUACAGAGAAUGCAACAUUUUUUUAUACUCCAAUCCCCACACUGUCCAUCUUUUGUUCUCCAUCUCUGAGACAGAUGCUUUGUGAGAAGGCAUGAUGUUGCUGUCGGCUCUGAGAUGUGGAUUCAUCUGACUAUGCAAUUUAAAGAAAUCCAUAUUAAAAAAAAAAGAGGAGCAAUGACAUCAACACGGGACGUUCUGGUUAUUUUACCAUGCCAAAAAUGCCACCGAAGACUCAAUGUAAUAUACUUCAGUCAUUCAUCGAUUUACUUGCUCAUUUAUUUACUACCUUUUGAAUUUAUUUUUCUACUUAAAAGAAAAAAAAACUGUCUUGUAAGUUACUCACAUCUUUACAAAUCUUGAUGAGUUCAUUUUAUUUCUCUGUUUUUUUUAAGUGAAUAAUUUAUAAAGCAUAUAAUUCAUUUGUGAUGCUCCGAUGCUUUAAGCCUGCUGUCAGUUUGUUGAGACACUGAUGCAGAAAACGCGCUUGCUCUGCAAAGAGUUUUGGUAUCAGUUGUUCUGUCUCUCUGGGUGUUUGAUAUGCUUUUCCCUGAGACUUCUGCUAAAAAAAAGUCAGGGGUCUCUACGAUGUGCUAUGUGAAUGUGUGUUUCCCAAACAUUAUUUCUGUGCUGCAUCAGUCCCCAAUUUUAAUUUAUUAUCUCAAGGCAAGCGCCCCCCUAACAAGUUAAACCUGCUAUCACAAACCAGAGUCUUGGGGUCAGCUAGAUGCCUUCAGCCACGCUUUGUUUUGAAUUCGACAAUCUUCAUUUUUCUAUCUGUCAAGAAGGGCUUAGCCCAUCGCUAUAGAAACAGGGGACAUGAGCCCAGUGCUGACCUUGUGACUGGUGAGAGACAGGAGACUUAGCCAAUAGCCAGAGAUCAGGUUGCACAGAGGAUGGCCUCAGCAGGGAUGUGUGUGACUCAGUGCUGUCACCGGCAUCCUCCACAUCCCCGCUGGAAAAACACAACUGAGCUGAACUGGAGCAUCACUCAACGCUGCUCUGCUUUUAUACAUUAAAUCUGUGUGUGCGUGUUUGUGCGUGUGUGUGUGUGUGUGAGUGUGUGUGUGUCUGUGCGUGCAUGUGUGUGAGUGCGUGUGUCCGUGAGUGUGCAUGCAGAUGAGUGUACUCAGCGAGAGUGGGCUGUACUCUGUGGCUGUCAGUUAAGUAUAGAUAUUGGCUAAACUGUGGAAAUUUGGAAAAAACACAUGCUUGCAUUUAAACAUGCACAGAUAUUAGCUACCAGUAUACCCCAACCAUGUACCUAUAUGAGAGAACUGAUGGAUGCAUGAAUGUAAAUAUUGAUAUUUAAAUAUCUGCCUUCUGGACUGUUAAUUCAUGUACAGUGUAACAGAACAUAAUGUUUAUACAUAGUAAAACGAUGUGCUACCAUUUAGAAAUUAUGUCAAUGUCGUCAUGUUGAUGGAGCAAGCCAUUAAUGUAUAUAUGGCAAUCAAUAGUACAUACACAAUUUAUGCAUUAUACCAAACAGAUAGAAAGAUGUGCAUAAGUUGAUUUCAUUGCUGAGUUUUUCAGUUGUAAAUAAAACUGUACAUAACAACAGACCCACAGUCUAUUGUGUUUAUGUGCAGGUAUAAAUCUGUUGUAUAGGUGAUAAAAGUGAGCCUGUUCUAUCCA